GAAUAGAGGAUUGAGAACCAGAAUAGUAAUACUGCGCACCACCCAGGAUGCCUAAGGACAUGGAAGGAGCCGCUUGUGAAAGUGCGAUGGAUCCCGAGGAGGAACCGGUUGUGGACGACAAUCCAACAGCGGUACCGAACCAGUACCCGGAAUCCUACUGCCGUUUCUGCUUUUCCGAAAUCGACGUUCAGCCUCUGUUUUCGUCAGAAUGUAAUCCAAAAUCGAAUGUGAUACGCCGCCUAUUCGAGUGCAUCGGAUUGCGCCUGACGAAGGAUGUCGAUUAUCCAAGCAGCAUAUGCUUGAUGUGUUCCCUGACGAUGCAAGAGUUCCAGUGCUUUCGGGAUCGUUGCUUGAAAUACGAUGAAAUUUUCCGCCGUUGCCGACAGCUGAACGAAAAGAAACAACGGGAUGUGAUCAAUCAUCGUCAGAAAGCAGCAGCUUCCUUGCCUUUGGAUGCUAAGCCAAGCUUAUGCUGCCAAUAUUGCCAGCAGCAAUUCUCAAACAAAGUUGAUCUCGACCAGCACUUGGAUCAAACUCACGGAGAUCGGAACAGGCAACCUCCCCUGAAUGGAGCAGCACAGCUGGUAGAAGGCUCUACGGCACCGGUAGUACCGGCAGUGAACGGAACUCAAGGACCAAUGCCCAAACCGCGGAACAUCUGUUGUGCAUACUGUCCGCGAAAAUUCACUCGUCAAAUGUAUUACGAGCAGCAUCUGCAGAAGCACACCAAACUGAAAGUGCAACGAGAACGACCGUUCCGGUGUUCGUGCUGUCCACGUUCCUUCGAGUCGUUGCCGCGGCUAAAGUUCCACGAAAAGAAAGAGCACGGCAAAAAGACUAGCAAGAAAACGAACGAAGGAACAUCAUUCGUUUGCCCGGAAUGUUCAAAAUCCUUCAAAUAUCGUUAUUCACUGCGAAUGCAUAUCCUCAACCACCGUGGCCAGUUGCCGUUUGUGUGUGAAAUAUGUGACAGUGGUUUCUACAACGUGAACUAUCUGACCGCACACAAGGCUCGUUAUCAUGGUCCGAAUGCUGUGGCCGUUGUGCGCGGUGAAAAAAUCGCCUGUCGAUAUUGUCCUCGCACUUUUCUGCGGAAGUGUGACCAGACGAGUCACAUGAAGCAAAUGCACCCUAACAUUCCACUAGAGGAUCAGCCCGAGGAAAGUCAUGCGCCGGAAAUGCUCGCAGAGUGUCCACCGGCAGACAGUGAUGGAUUGACCGACCCGGAACUUUUACCUCCUAACGUCCAUGAGCCGGUGAUGGUGAUAAAGGAAGAGCAACUGGAAAAGGUGGUCGAAAAUCCAGUUCCGGUUAUGAAGACUGAAGCCAAGGGUGCAAAUUUCUAUUGUGUAACCUGUGCGAUGGAGUUCGAUACGGAGGACAUGUACUCGGAACACAUGGACGAUCAGCAUUCACUCGGAGGGGCCGAAUCUGCUGAUCAGACUGAAGAACAUCGUAGCCAAGAUGGGGUAAGGUUCCGUAAAAGAAAGAGAAUUAUCUGCUGCCAGUAUUGUCCGGCCAUUUUUAGUCGGCCCGGCUAUUUAAACGCACAUACGUUGCGCAAGCAUCCCGACAAAUAUGAAACUUCCAUGGGUUCGUACAAGUGUCGCUUCUGUCCACGACAGUUCCAUGAGCUACGAUAUCGAAAGGUACACGAGCGAAUGACGCACGCAAGACGAGGUGAAAUAUUGCCGGAGAUGCACGAAUUUUCCAGCGAAACAACGCACAGUGUCAGCACGAUGGGACUGGAAGCGUCGUCGGAACCCUCGAAUGAUGGAACGAGUACAAUGAGCGAUCUUUCUCUUCUGGGAGGCUCAUCAUUGGUGAUCCUAUUGGAACCUCUACCACCGAAGGUGCUGGCCACUUACCAAUGGCAGCUGGACGAAUAUGAUAGGAGACAGGAAGAACGGGAUGUCAAGCCCCUGAACAUCGCAGCAAUCGAUGGAACGUGUAGUUCGCCUGCCGGCAGUAGUGAGAACAGCGAUAGGGUCGAUUCAAUGCGAACCAAGCUUGGCAUCAAGUUGCAUCCUUGCGGGAAAUGUGAGAAAAUGUUUAAAACUCGCCAGGCACUUCAGAAGCACACGAUGUAUCAUAUCGGCCAACUUCCAUAUCGAUGUGACGAGUGUGGCGUACAAUUUAUGCGGAUAGGACAGCUUUCCUUUCACAAAUCGCGCUAUCAUGGCGAUAGCGCGCCUACCGUUGUGAACCGCGUUAGCUGUGACUACUGUCCACGAAUAUUUCUACGCAAGCAGGAUCUGGCCAGCCAUUACUUUAUGGUUCAUGGUAAAGAUCGUGCUGAGCAGCCCUACAGAACGGAUGAUCCUUCGCCGGAGCAGCGUAAAAAAUCGAAACGAAAGGAGUACUGGUGUCAAGGGUGCGGCAGUUUGUUCGAUCGCUAUCGUAAGUGUGAGCGACACAUCGCGAAGGAACACGGUAUGGAUGCGGCGGACGGUGAUGCUGGAGCGACGAUAAAACCAAUCAAGCUUUGCCGCUGCAGCGUUUGUGCGACGAUCUUCAAAAAACGUGACGAAUGGCUUGAUCAUCUGUCCGGUCACGCGAAUGUCCGGCCGCACAACUGCGAGCAGUGCCUGAAAGGACGUAAGAAGUUUGGUCGCAAACAGGUACACAAGUGCACCUACUGUCCGAAGGUCUUCAUUCACAGUACAACACUAAAGUCGCAUCUUCGAAUCCACACCCAACAGCUCCGCUUCCCAUGCAACGAGUGUGGCGUCAUGUACGAUCGGUACCGCUACUUGGCCAUGCAUAAAGUUCGCUACCAUUCAGAGGAUGCAUCGGCCGCCACGCAGUCACAGCUUAUCAAGUGUGGAUUCUGUCCUCGUAUGUUCACUCGGCUGCGGGACGUUAAUCACCACCAGAUGUCGGUACACUCCGAUGGGAUUAUCAUGGACACGGCCGAGCAGCCCGACGGAAUGGAGCAAGAACAGCCUGCGCAACAACUGCUGCCCCACGAAUUCGGCAGUCUUUCAGAACUAUUGCUUAGUAGCAAUUGUAACGAUCUUACAAACGGUGCCACCAUCAAGCAGGAAUUUCCAUCCAGUUUGGAACAGUGAAUAUUGUUUGCUGCAAGUCUGAACAUUCGAUCCUAACAUCCUUUACUACGGCUAUAAUCUUACUACUGUAUUUAAAUACUCGCGAAAUUAACUUCUUUUAACGUGACACAACGAGCGAUAUCUUAUUGACUGCGAAGGUCAACCGCAUUGUAACAGCAUUGUAAAAAUGGUAUUCUACAGUAUAGAAGAACAUCGAUGGUGAAAAACACAAGCUAGAACUGAGCUGAUAGAGAAUAAAUUCGAAUAAAAUAAUACAGCUAC